CUCUCGCCCUGCAUUCAUGCAUUCAUUCAUUCAUUCAUUCAAAACCGUUAGCCAGGUGAACAACGUAAAGCGGCGCAAGCGAGAGAGACAGACAGCGACGAAACGAAGCAUUUAGCCGAAGCGUAAAAGCCGAAAACGUAACCUCCGUCGUGUCCCACGCAUAUUUGUUGUUUGUCUUUUUUUUCGUGUGCGAGUGCGUUCGUGUUAGUGCCUGUGUGUGUGCAGAACAGCCUCCGCAACAUGCGUCCGGCCCCCAGCCACCCCCUGUGGUGAGUUUUUCCAAGCAGCGCAGCAGCAGCAGCAGCAGCAGGAUACUGCCGCCAAGGAAUCGAAAGCAGAGAACAGAGCAGCGCCGAAGGUUGACCGAGUUGGAAGAGAGCCCCGGCUUUCUGUUGCACCAAAAAACUAAACGAAAGAGAGACCGAAGCGUAAGUGGUGCCCCAAUAAGAGACGAGACACAUUUCGAAGAAGAGCGCGCGGGCAGCUGUUGCAUGCGGCCGCCGCUGCUGCCAGACUCAGUGACGCCUGCCGUCUGCCGAUCCGCGAGUGCCGCGUUAUAACUGUUGUUUUUUUUCUGUUUGUGUGAGUGUGUGCUGAUCCUCGCGAGUGCAAAAGGGAAACAAAACUGAACGAAGGAAGAGAGAGUGAGAGAGUGAGAGAGAGUGAAACGAACACGAUAUGGAGCUUUUGGUGCUCUUCCUGGCCUUGGGCCCCCUCUGCAUCUUCGGCGGGAUCGCACCCAACGAUCCGUGCUACUUCGAGGGGAAGCCCCGCAAGUGCCUUCCCAGCUUCGUGAAUGCCGCCUACGGGAAUCCCGUUCAGGCCUCCAGCAUCUGCGGCGGCCAGCGGCCGGAACGCUACUGCGAACUGCAGCGCGAUGGCUCUCUGGGGGAGUGCCGGGUGUGCGAGAGACAUACUAUCGCAGGCGGCGGUGGCGCCUCCGCUCUGACGGACCUGAACAAUCCCAGCAACGUGACCUGCUGGCGUUCGGCGGGCGUGAAUGUGCCCCACGAUCCCGAUACGGCGCCCCCCGAUAAUGUGACCUUGACCCUGUCGCUGGGCAAGAAAUACGAGCUUACGUACAUCUCCCUAUCGUUCUGCCCCCGUGCGGCACGACCCGACUCCCUGGCGAUCUUCAAGAGCUCCGAUUUCGGCCAGACCUGGCAGCCCUUCCAGUUCUACAGCUCCCAGUGCCAGAAGUUCUACGGGCGACCGGAUCGGGCCAAAAUCUCGAAAUUCAACGAACAGGAGGCACGUUGCAUCAACUCGCAGCAUGACAUUGGUGGCGCCGCCCAGAGGUUCGCCUUCAAUACGCUGGAGGGCAGGCCGUCCGCCAACGAUUUGGACUCGUCGCUGGUCCUGCAGGACUGGGUGACGGCCACCGACAUUCGGGUGGUGUUCCAUCGACUGGAGUUGCCGCCGCAGCUGCUGCUGCAGAAGGAGCGGAAUGCGAAUAGCUUCAGCGACGAGAUGAGCGCCAGCCAGGAGGCCGAACUGGAGCUGGACGAACACGAGGACGACUACGACUACAAUAUGCAGGACAACGACAGCGCCGGCUAUGACGAGGAGUACGAGGAGCCCAAGAAGCAUCUCGAGCUGGACGAUGAUCUCCAUUUGGACUAUGCCGCUGACAGUGUCGGCAGCGAUGGGCCAAGCGGCAAGCGGCACUCGAAGCAGCACAAGGGCGGCAGCAGUGCCUACGAGAAGCAUUUCCAGACGAAACUUGCCACAGCUGCCGCGGCUGCGUCUGCGGCUGCGGCUGCCACAACCCCCAGUCCACAAGUAAAGGCUGCAGCAGCAGCAGCAGCCUCUGUUGCUGCCACAGCGCCUCAGCCGGCGGAAAUGCCACUGCCACCCAUCACACAGCACUAUGCCGUCUCGGACUUUGCCGUCGGCGGACGUUGCAAGUGCAACGGUCAUGCCUCCGAGUGUGUGGCAACCAUUGGUUCGGUCUCCCCCUCCUCGGAUACGGAUGAUGGCCAGGAUGAUGAUGCCCCAUCGGCAGGAGCAGCGGCAGGAGGCGCCCUCUCCCAUGGACACUUCGGACGCACCGGUUCCGGCUUGCAGUUGCAGGGGCAGAUGACCUCGAAAUUGACGAUGACAUGCGCCUGCAAGCACAACACCGCGGGCGAUGAGUGCGAGCGUUGCAAGCCCUUCUACUUCGAUCGGCCCUGGGGGCGUGCCACCGAUAAUGAUGCCAACGAAUGUAAAAUGUGUCAGUGCAAUGGACACGCCCGUCGCUGUCGCUUCAAUCUGGAGCUCUACAAGCUGUCCGGUCGGGUGUCCGGGGGCGUGUGCUACAACUGUCAACAUGAUACGACAGGACGGUAUUGUCACUAUUGCCGCGAGGGCUACUAUCGGGAUGCCACCAAGCCGCCAAAUCAUCGCAAAGUCUGCAAACGUUGCGACUGCCAUCCGGUGGGAUCCACGGGCAAGACCUGCAAUCAUCUGAGUGGACAGUGCCCCUGCAAGGAGGGUGUCACCGGUCUCACCUGCAACCGCUGUGCCCGCGGCUACCAACAGACGCGCUCCCAUGUGGCGCCCUGCAUCAAAGUGCCCACCAACGCGAACAUGAUUCAGGCCGAGAGUGCCGGCGGAGGCGGUGGCGGUGCCGGCAAUGGUGACUACAAGGAAGGCGGCGGCUCCCAGGCCGAGGAAAUGAAGAAGUAUUGCGGCAAGUGCAAGGCCAGUCCCAAGAAGCUCAAUCUGAACAAGUUUUGCAUGGAAGAUUAUGCCAUUUUGGCCAAGGUUAUUGGCCACGAUCGCGCCUCCCAGGACAUUAGCACGGAAAAGUUCUCCAUCGAACGACAGAAUGAAAUCUACAAAUACGAAAUAAACAUCCAGACGAUCUUCAAGCGGAAUCCCAUGUCGGGCACGACCAGCUCCUUGCUCGGUCGUGGCAAUAUGAUGCUGCUGGUGCCACGCAAGAGCAUCGAGUGCCAGUGUCCCAAAAUCAAGCUGAAUAAAUCAUAUCUUAUACUUGGACGCGAUUCGGAGGCGGCGCCUGGAUACCUGGCCAUCGGUCCCAGCUCAGUCGUUUUGGAGUGGAAGGACGAGUGGUCGCUGCGCAUGAAGCGCUUCCAGCGGCGGGCCCGCAAAUGCAGUUGAAUCGAACCGGAAACGGAAUAUGUCAGAGCGGAUUUCAAUUUCAUACACUUGGCUAGGUAUCGGUUUUUGUAUAAAUUGUACAGUUUACUCAAGUUUUUGACCUUCUUCGGCAUCAUGCUUUAAAUUAAUAAUCAAAACUCAAACUUAAACUCAAAACUGCCCCCUUAAAAAAUACACACACACACAGAGAGAGAGAGAGAGAGAAAUCCUAAACACUAGAAACGCCUAAAACAUCCUCAAUAGAAUCGUUGGAGAUACCCAAUGAUUAAUAAUCUUUCUUUCUGGGGGCAUUUCUCUAGUCUAUAAAAUGAUUUUACAAACAGAAAAUAAUACAUACUCCCUUUUAAUACAACAAAAUACCAAAAUGCUAAUUACAGUUACGUGACAUCGAAGCUGGUGGAGCGGAGAGGGGUGGGGUGGAGUGGCAUAGUGGUAUGCAGGCCAUAAAAAACAGUUAUAAAUUGAGAAAAAA